GAAAUUAAUGAUCUACCAUUGGAUCUUCAACGAAGUUGGGGACAAUGAAGUUUUCACGUGUGAGCAGCGCCAUCUUGUGGAAGGUUUUUGAAGUGCAUCCCAUGGCUUCAUUCAAGGGUCUACAUCAUUUCUAUUACCAAGAUGUUGAGAUUUGUACACUAUUUAACUUGCAUUACAAAGCAUUAAUAAAUUAUUUUGUAAAUGUCCUCAGUCUUGCUUUAUUCAUCAUCACUGGAGGAAGAGGAACUGUGGCCGCCCUUCUUCUUCUUGUGCUCUUAUCUUUCUUCUUGUCAUUGUCUUUAUGCUUUUUAUGUUUGUCUUUGUCCUUCCCUUUGUCCUUGUCUUUAUGCUCCUUGUCUUUGAAAUCACUCUUAUCUUUGCUUUUGUCUUUGUCAGUCUUUAUCCUUUUUUUUCAAACCCAAAUAUCCCCUGCACUUCUUUGCCUUCUUCAGACUUUUUCACCUCAUCUUCUCCAGCAGGUGCGCUCAGAUCGAAUGACAUGAUGAAAGAUUUCUGACUCAAACCUGAUCGCUUGUAGCUCAUUAUUUUUUCAGCAGAGUCGAUUCAUUUUUACUCCCUCAAAUCCCAACGCUUCAGAAUCGAGGAAUCGGUUCUUUUUUAAUCGAUUCCCAGCACUAGGAACAAACAGAACAGCCCGUCAGACCGGUGACGUGAAUGAGAUGAGCAGAUACAGUUGCUGACCCCUCCAUGGGAGAGGCCAGCGAUGAGGGGUUUUUACUCGAAGCUGGACUCCUCGUCUUUAGGCACGACCACCAUGCCUCUAAAUUUGGCUGUAGAGACAGAGAAAGCUCAGGCCCUGCUCCAGACCUUCAGCACUGCCUCUCUGCUAGCCAGCACAGGCCUGGGAGCUUUCUGUUUUCUUGCUGACCACUUUCUGACCCUGCCUUUCAUUCAGCACCAUCUAUGGCUCAGGGCUUUGCUGGACAAUGCGGUCCAUGGCAUAAUUGGACUCUGGUCCUGGGCCAUUGUGAUUGGCUUGAGGAAAAAAAGUGACUUCUAUGAAGUCGUUUUGGCUGGGUUCCUGGCCUCUGUCAUUGACCUGGAUCACUUCUACUUGGCUGGAUCAUUGUCACUUAAAGAUGCUGUGAAUCUGCCCCAUCGGCCUCCCCUGCACUGCUCCACACUGAUCCCAGCACUGUGUUUCUCUCUGCGCCUCCUCAUGUGGGCUUGUCGGCUGAAGGACUCCUGGUGUUCCCUGCCCUGGAUGCUCUUCAUCUCACUGGCCUCGCAUCACAUACGUGACGGGAUUCGUCACGGCCUUUGGAUCUGUCCGUUUGGAAACACGGCGCCAAUCUCUUACUGGCUCCACGUCACCAUCACGGCCACACUGCCCCACCUGUGUUCAGUGCUCAUGUAUCUGACUGGUACAAGAGACAUGAUCUCCACCAAACACGGAGUCACCAUUGACGUCUGACGUCCGUCUUAACUGUGGUACUUUGUUUCCUAUAGCAAAGUUUGACAUUGCAAAGAGUUUCCUUAUGAGCUCCUUUCAUAAUUACUAUUUAUUGUUUUUCUCUAUUCCUAAUUUGGUUGGUACUAAACUAGUUGGUCAGGCAUUAGUAUGACAUCAUGUUAAAUUGACUGAGUGUGAAUAUUUUAAAUAUGUAUGGUGUAGAUUGAGGUCGGGGCAAAAUGCCUAAAACAAUUGUCUUCAUACUUUUCAGUCUUUCUUUAUAUUUAAAAUUUUUAGUCAGUGGAACCAAACAAGCAUUGUUGCUAAGAUUCGACGUAAUUGAUUAAAUACUUAAAACAGUAAAAACCAAGCAAAUAAUAUUUUCUAUUAUGUAUAAUUAUAGAAAUUUCAUAAUAAUUAUUCUGCACUAAAUAAUAUAAAAAUGGAAAGUUACUACUUUGUAGCGACAUAAUUUUCCUAAAAUAUUCUGAAAAGCAAAUUUACUAUAUAAAAACUGCAACACACGAGCUAUGUGAACAAAAAUAAAUAAUUAAAUUGUUUUUUUAUGCAAGGAAGUUUAAGACUUGUAAACUCUAACUUUGUUAUUGCAUUAGAAUUUCAAUCAGAGAUGAUAUACAUGUAUGUAGGCUACUGUAGUCUUAUUAUUUUUUGUCACUUUGCAUAAAAAUCAUUAAGAUAUUCACAAUGUGGCUUAAUAUUAUAGUGCCAACAUAAUAAUGAAUAAUUAGUAGGUCACCCAGUCCUAGUGUAGAUGGUCUGCAUUCACCCAGCAGAUUUUAAGGCUUCAUCACUGUGUUGUCAUUUUUAGCUUUAGUCUAUAUACGCUUUACACUUGAUUAGACAAUUGUUGACAUUUUAUGUAUUUUUUCGUUGAGGAACAACUGUAAGACACAUGAAGUCUAGGAACAGAAUGCAGAAUGUUUGUAUAUUGAUGCUAUUCAUGUAUAUUUGCAGUUGAAGAUUGCAGGUAUAUUUACUUGAUGGAUGUCUUUCUCACUUUGGAUUUUUUUAACCUUUCACAACCAUACCAAGAUAAUAUCUACUUGCUGCCUUGCCACAGGAAGUUAUUGUGUAUAUGAAUCCGUUAGUUGUGUUUUAUUUAUGAACUACUGUGGUCCUCCACUUCAAUGUUAACAAAUUACAAUGCUGUAACACUUUCCUUUAUGUACACUCUUAAAAAUCAAGGUGCUUCAUGAAGGAAUAGAAUAACCUUUUUUGUCUAAAUGGUUCUUUGAGUAUCCAAACAUGUUUUUUUCCUGUCUAGAACCUUUUUAACCACAUUUAUUUUUAAGAGUGUACACACAUUGCAAUUAUGUGGACUUCACUGCACAAGGUUUUUUUCUAAUCUGUAGUGUGCCAUUACAUUAUUUUAAUACCUAAGGUAAGGGAAUAAGGGAAAUUAAUAUUAUUUGUGUGAAAAGCCAUGUUGCUGAAAGCAGCCUGAAAAACCAAAUACUCUUGUAAUGGAACUGCUGUUGGGCUAUACAUUCAUCUUGGCAUUUUUCUUUCAAACUUGACAUUGUUAAAUAUUAGUAUUUAUAGUACAUGAGUUGUUACAGUGGUCAUUGUGCUUGUAUUUAUGACAUGUUAUUAUCAACGCUGUAUUUUUUAAACAUAGGCUUAGCUUAAUUUGACAGUUUAUUCAUAUUUAUUAUCUCUGUCAUAACAGAGAACUGCUUUGAGUUUAAACCAUUGAAACGUGUCUGGCGUGUGUAUUGAUAUAUAUACACAAAAUGUUUUGUGAAAAAUAGAAAAUCCUGCGCAUUUAUUCAACUUUAUGGUGUGUUGGGUGAAGACCCAAAUGUCCUUUAAACCUUUAGGGACGCACUUGACCAACGUUUUUUUGUUUUGUUUACUUUAUAAGUUUUGUACAUUUUAUGCAUUUUGCACAUUUUAAUUUAAACGUGUUCAUGUGUUGUGUUGUCAUGGAAUGAAAUUUAUUUAUUAAAUUUUCACCGGUUCAUUAAAGGAGCAUAUGGGCUCUUCAGGUUAAA